AUGGAAGAUGAAGAUACUAUAUCGGAGGAGCUUGAGGUUAUAGCCACGCGGGAGAAUCAAGAUUACGUUAACAAGCUCGCUGUCGGUAAGCUGACAAGGCUAGCCCGUCAUCGUUCUUUGUGGAAUAAUGAGUUCAAUGCCUAUUUCGUAGUUCUAGUAUUCUUAAUAAGUUUCGAUGUCCUUAACAACUUUUCUGUUAACCUGAAGAUGUAUGGAGUUGUGUUCCUACCAGUCUACUCCUUAGCCAUGGUGUUUGUAGCUUUUCCUUUACUAUAUCUAGAGUUAGCAUUAGGCCAAUACACCUCUAGCACAUGUUAUCAUAUAUUCGAUAGAAUGGCACCAGGUUUCGCAGGUAUCGGCAUAGCUUCUAUGAUUUUCAAUUUCGUCAAGAUUUUAUCUGAUAAUGAAACAUUACGUAUUUUUCUGAGCCUAUUCAUGAACGCUAUCAAUCCCUUCUCACAGAACAAACCUUGGGAAGUAUGCGUUAAUGAGUAUAACAACGACAAAUGUUUUCAAUCAAGAGAGAUGUGUCCACUGUUUCCUCGCUACAUCCUAGAAUUUGAUGAAGCUAGAGAAAUGAAAAGACAUUUUGGGCAUAUCGGAGACGUUUGUUACCAAACGGAUGUUCACAAGCUUCAUGAGUACUUAACACACAGAGAAGAUAUGUCGUUCACAUCUUGGAUCCAGGACAGUGCAAUUGGCCAAUUUUUCUUCUGGAAUACUGAUUAUGAAACACUUACCAUCAACACAUAUCCAUCUCCAACUUUCAUACUUUACACCUUCACCUGUCUAGCAUUACUCUACCUCAUCUCUCAUGCAAGCAACAGGGUGAUAGUAACCGCAGCUAAGACGGGAAUUCUGCUACUUGUGUCUGUCAUUACAACCCUAAUCUCGUUCUUUUUGGCCCAUCAAAGUUAUCUCGCUGAAGUGUUUGAAUACUUCCCUGAAUUCCGCAAAAUGUUCAGCUUGAAAUUAUGGGUCUCAGCCAUUCUGCUGAGCUUAUCUGCCCUGAAAGUUGGUCAAGGGGGACUUUCGUAUCUUGGAGCUCAAAAUAAAGAUAGUUUCGUAUACUUAGUUAUCGUCAUAUUCAUUCCAAUGUUCUACGCAGUCGUACAUCUACUGCUCAUAGAGAAUUCCCACGUAGCAUUCAGCAAAGUUGAUCUCUAUCCGGGUGAAACUCAGAAAUCAGCUGUUGAUCAAAGUAACCAUCCAGUCAUCCAAAUUUUGCAUUUAGUGAAUGGUUUGAAUAUCAUUGAUUCUAAAAGUGGAGUAGCAAUAUUCUCAUUCAUGGCAAUUGUUGUCUUGCUAUGUAACACCCUUAUCCGCUUGGAAAUCUUGGUGUCUUCUAUGCUGGAGGCUUUUCCAUUCUUUUCAUAUGAUGGAAGGAAAAGUCGUAGUGCUCUUGUGUGCAUCUUACUUUGCCUUGUCUUCAUGUACUCCUUCAUUUUCCACAGCCCCAGUGGUAUGAAGCUUUAUGUUGCAUUGGAUCAGAUUGUAUAUCCUGAUAUAACAUUAGGAAUAGUGAUCUUCCAUCUUGUUAUAGUUUGCGUAUGUUACGGCUCUCGACGUUUGUUCGUCAACAUCAGUUGUAUGAUUCACAGUGCCAAGAUUAGUUCUCAAUCGACGAUGAUCUUCAACGGAUUAGUAGCUAUAUUGUGGGUUAUCGUCAUACCUGCGGCAUUAUUCGUUACGGCAGCGUACAGAGUUACAGAGCAGUUAAGCGAUAACAGUAUUGGCGUACUGGAUUUACCUUCAAUGCUCAGAUUUGGCAUACUUUCCAUAAUACCAUUGAUGUUCAUUGACAGAGUUAUGAAACGUAUAGUUGACGGUACGGACAUCUUUGCUCUGUUCAAGCCUGACCGAGAACUUUGGGGAGCUAGAUCGAAGAAGGAUAGGGAUAGAGUUCAGAGAAAGGAAAAAGAGCUUCUUGUUUGA